AUGGUUGACACAAGACGUACGAAGAGUAACGCCACCACGACGGGCCCAUCUCAUGGUUUCGUGGUGGAAACCUCAAUGCAACAGCACAGAAUCAUGCCUGCCAACACCCUGCAGCCGUCUUCAGCUGCUGGAAUUGCAGAACAGCCGCCACAUGACCCUGGGACCUCCAUAGCCUUGCAGUCGCUAGCGCCGAUUACCGGAGCUGCUCUGCCUCGCUGUCCUGCCGUCGGAGCACAGCAGCAGCCACACCACUUAACUACCGGACUUGCUGCAUAG